AUGUCGGGACUCUACAAUCGAGGCGGAUACAACCCAGAUGCUCUGCCGGCACACGCCGAGCCUGAGCAAGCUGCUCAGAUGAUGAACCCCAACUCCAGCGUGCCGCCUCCCAGGCGAGACGAUCGUAACAAACCUGUCCCUCCUCCGCCUUCGCAAGCGUCCAACCUGAGACCAGGCCAAGACGACCCAUACCGCCGACAGAGCCCCGCCAACUACCAGGCCCCGGCCGUGCCAGGCGCAUACGGCUCUUCGAAUCCACCACCACCACAGAACCAAGGCUACAACGACUAUGCGAGACAGAACUCACCGCGAUAUGACCAGUACAGUCAGUCUCAAAGAUAUGGCGGGCAGGGGCAAGCACAGGGACAAUACAACCAGCAAGGCGGCUAUGGCAGCCAAGGCGGCGCUCCACCACCACGACAGAGCAGCGCCAACUACGGCAUGACCUCUCCACCACCGCCAGCGAGCUACGGUCAAGGCCCUCCACCACAAGGCUACCACAACCGCCCGCCGAUCCCAGAAUACCAACGACCGCCCACCACAGCCCCGCCACGAGACGGCAACGACCGCGACGCACUCUGGUCGACCUUCCUCCAAGUCGACAAGAACCGCACCGGCCAGCUCUCCGAAGCCGAACUCCAGCGCGCCCUCGUCAACGGGGACUACACAGCCUUCGACCCACACACGGUGAAAAUGAUGAUCCGGAUGUUCGACACCGACCGCAGCGGCACCAUAAACUUCGACGAGUUCUGCGGAUUGUGGGGCUUCCUCUCCGCAUGGCGAGCCCUCUUCGACCGAUUCGACGUGGACCGAUCCGGGAAUAUCUCAUUACGGGAGUUUGAAGAUGCUCUGGUGGCGUUUGGGUACAGACUCUCACCACAAUUCGUCCAGCUCCUCUUCAGCACUUACGCGAAAUCGCACAGCCGGGGACGGGGAGACGAUGGCGAGAGGGAGAAGGUGUUGUCGUUCGAUUUGUUCGUGCAGGCGUGCAUUAGUCUGAAACGCAUGACGGAUGUGUUUAAGAAGUACGAUACCGAUCGGGAUGGGUACAUCACAUUGAGCUUUGAGGAAUUCUUAACAGGUGGGCAAAGCCUCUUCCUGUUCAAUUCCAUCUCCGCGCAGACGGACACAGGACUCUAUUGA